UUCUUCCAUGAAGUCAGCAUCAAUAAGCAUUACUGCUCCAAUGAAACAUCAUGAACUUUAUAAAAGCCGUUCUCCCCACCACUAUCUCAAGAAAAUUCACUACAUUUUUCACUCUUAACUAUGGCAUUGAAAUCAGCAAUAAUGUUAGUGAUGUUGAUCUCCUUAGUAUCGUUAGCACGAGCAAUUGAUUCUAAUGAAAACAUAGUUGCAAUCUACUGGGGCCAGAAUGGUAAGGAGGGUACACUGGGGGAGGUUUGUGGCACAGGAAACUAUGAUUAUGUGAUCAUAGCAUUUCUGCAAAGCUUUGACAAUGGAAAAACUCCGAUGAUGAAUCUGGGUGGUCACUGCGAGGCUUAUAGUGAUGGGUGCAGUGGUCUAAGCUCAGACAUAGAAUCUUGUCAAGCCAAAGGAACGAAGGUGUUGGUCUCUUUGGUAGACAGAAAUGCAUCGACAGAGGAUGCAAGUGAAGUAGCGAGUUACGUUUGGAAUAACUUCUUGGGGGGAGUGUCAUCGUCUCGGCCUCUUGGCCCUGCUGUUCUUGAUGGCAUUGAUUUUGGCAUUGAGUAUGAGAUUGAAGGUGGUGGUGGAUCAAAGCAAUAUUGGCGUGAUGUUGCAAAGUUCCUUAGAGGGUAUGGCGUGAGCAACCAAGGACAGAAAGUGUACAUAACUAUAGCCCCCCAGUGCCCAUUUCCUGAUGUUUGGAUAGGAAAUUCUCUCCUAUCAGGUCUUUUUGACUUUGUUUGGUUCCCAAUUUUACACUAACUCUCCUUCCUAAUAAACUUCUCUUUAAAUUACCAACCUUCAACCAUCACCUUAUAUAUCCCUGCUGCCCCACGGUAUUUAUGCACCAGGUAUCAUGUUCCUCAUAAUUUCAACACAUCAUAAUUAGCCCAGACAAAAUCUAUCUCUCACUUCUUUUUUUCUGCCAUUACAUUUUGAUCGGGAUGGUUAUAAUAAUAGCAAUUAUACAUUACCACCUA